AGAAGAAGGUUGAGGAGUUGGGUGGAGGGAGGAAACCGCAGAAAGAGAAGCGAGGGAGGAGCGCGGAGGGCGGAGGAAGGUCCUCCCUGGCGCGGCCGCAGACGGACGGACUCCCAGGGACAGCCGGCCCGGCCGGAACUGCAGCGGCCACGCGGGAAUGGGCCGCCCCGCGACCUGACGCCGCACUGCCCCGACCGCGGCCAGCGUCGAGCGGAGCCGCCGCUCAGCCGGAGCCAUGAACGGGGACGCCAUCUGCAGCGCGCUGCCUCCCAUCCCCUACCACAAGCUCGCCGAUCUGCACUACCUCAGCCGCGGCGCCUCGGGCACCGUGUCGUCGGCACGCCACGCGGACUGGCGCGUGCGGGUGGCCGUGAAGCACCUGCACAUCCACACGCCGCUGCUCGACAGUGAAAGAAAUGAUAUCUUACGAGAAGCUGAAAUACUACAUAAAGCUAGAUUUAGUUACAUUCUUCCAAUUUUGGGAAUUUGCAAUGAGCCUGAAUUUUUGGGCAUAGUUACUGAAUACAUGCCAAAUGGAUCAUUAAAUGAACUUCUACAUAGAAAAACAGAAUAUCCUGAUCUUGCAUGGCCAUUGAGAUUCCGCAUCCUGCAUGAAAUCGCUCUUGGUGUAAAUUACCUGCACAAUAUGAACCCUCCUCUACUGCAUCAUGACUUAAAGACUCAGAAUAUCUUGUUGGAUAAUGAAUUUCAUGUUAAGAUUGCAGAUUUUGGUUUAUCAAAAUGGCGCAUGAUGUCACUCUCUCAAUCACGAAAUAGCAAAUCUGCCCCCGAAGGAGGAACGAUCAUCUAUAUGCCACCUGAGAACUAUGAACCUGGACAGAAAUCCAGGGCCAGUGUGAAGCAUGAUAUAUACAGCUAUGCAAUUAUCAUGUGGGAAGUGUUAUCAAGAAAACAGCCUUUUGAAGAGGUCACCAAUCCUUUGCAGAUCAUGUACAGUGUGUCACAGGGACAUCGGCCUGACACCAGUGAAGAGAAUUUGCCAUUUGACAUACCUCAUCGAGGUCUCAUGAUCUCUCUGAUACAAAGUGGGUGGGCACAAAACCCAGAUGAAAGACCGUCUUUCUUGAAAUGCUUAAUAGAACUUGAACCGGUUCUGAGAACAUUUGAAGACAUAACUUUUCUUGAAGCUGUUAUUCAGCUAAAAAAAACAAAGAUUCAGAGUGCGUCCAGUACUAUUCACUUAUGUGAUAAGAAAGUGGACUUAUCAAUGAACGUACCUGCAAGCCACCCUCCACAAGAGGAAUCGUGUGGCUCCUCUCUGCUCUCCAGAAAUACCGGUUCUCCUGGAACCUCCAGGUCCCUGUCAGCUCCUCAAGACAAAGAUUUUUUAUCUGGAGGACCUCAAGAUGACUCUUCAAUAAAGUUGCAUCACUGUCCUGGAAACCACAGCUGGGAUGGCGCCGUUUCAGAAUCCCACAGGGCAGCCCUCUGUGAUCACAGACCCACCCUGUGCUCUUUGGCUAUAAUAAACCCACUCUUCGUUGAGAAAAGUUCAGAACGCCUGCAACCUGGAAUAGCCCAGCAGUGGAUCCAGAGCAAGAGGGAGGACAUUGUGAGCCAGAUGACUGAAGCCUGCCUUAACCAGUCUCUGGAUGCCCUUUUGUCCCGGGACUUGAUCAUGAAGGAGGACUAUGAACUCGUUAGCACCAAACCAACAAGGACCUCAAAAGUCAGACAGUUACUAGACAUCACUGACAUCCAAGGAGAAGAAUUUGCCAAAGUUAUAGUACAGAAGUUGAAAGAUAACAAGCAAAUGGGACUUCAGCCUUACCCAGAAGUGCCUGUGGUUUCCAGAAUACCAUCUUCAAAUUUCCUUCAAAAUAAAAGCUUCUGAGUGAGUCCUUUCUGAGAGGAAA